AUGAACAUUCUGCGUCAUAAAAAAUGGCAUGUACGUACAAAAGAAAAUGUAGCCAGAGUAAGAAGAGAUGAAGCAAAAGCAGCAGAAGAGGAGAAAGCACGGGCUGAAAAAGCAGAACUUGCUGAUCAUGAGGAUCGUAUUCAACGCUUAAGAUCGAAGAACAUUGGCAAUACAUCAGAUGUAGAAAGUGUUAAAGAUAUUUUUGGUGUGCGUGGUGAUUCAAAAGAUGUUAUGGGUGGAACAUCAUCUAGUACUAGUGCAAGCAAUGAACAUCAUGUAAAUUUAUUUAAAGAAUUGGAGGAACAAGAACGCAAAAAUUUUGCAAAUGGCAACAAGGAAUAUGCUGCUGAAAAAAAGAAGGAACAAGAUGAUUGGGAGUCAAAAGUUGGGAUCAUGAAGCGUUUUGCCGAGGAUACAAAAGAAUAUUCAAAGGACAAUGAAUGGUGGGAAGGAAUACCCUUAAUGCGUGAACAUGAUAAAAAGCCUUCAAAAGUUUCAAAGAGUGAAAAGAAGUUUUUGACUAGUGAAGAACGAAAGGCUAUAAAACUUAAGAAGGACAAGAAAAAGAAGCGGAAGAGUAAAAUAAAAGGAAUCGAGUAUGGUUUGUUUUUUUUGUCUAAAAUUUUUAAAAUUAUUUUACGAUUUCCGGCUCAUCAACAUCAGCUCAGCCCUGUGUUGAGAUUAAUCUUCUUCGGCAAGAACGCUUGGCUAGGGAACGUCGAGAGCAACAACGCGUUAUAA